AUGUUACAAAACGGAGAGAACAUUAUUUGGAAAGGAACGACAUGGCCUAUGGGAAUGUGUUCUCCAUUAUGUUGCAGUACAGUUAAAUGGAGAAUAACAAAUAAAAGAAUUGAUUAUGUUAGAGGAUGCUGCGGUUCAACAGAAUCAACUUUGGACGUUCGACUAAUAACUGAUUUGCAACUUCACAGGAGUUGUUUUCAAUUAAUGUUUGGUAGAGGAACAUUAACAAUUUAUUCUAAUGAUCGUACUGAUUCUCAGAUAAGGAUUUCUACGUAUGGUAUGAAAAGAACAUAUCAUAAAUUGAGAGAAGAAUGGUUACGCACAAAAAAUGGACAAUAA